AUGUCAAAUUUGCAGUUUAUCAAUUUACCAGUUGAGAUUCAUCAUUGUAUUUUUGAUGAUCUCGAUGUGCAUACUAUUAUUAGCUCAGUUCGUUGUGUUUGUAAGCAACUUCGUGAUAUUGUGAACUCCUACGAUCGUUUCAAAUUCAAAUUCACUUCGGCAGAAAGGUCUUAUCUAAAAGUUCUUUCUCGUCUUGUUAAACCUUCAGAUGCCAUUUCACUGGAUUUAGUUGGUGGUUCUGCUGGCCAUGGAUGCAUCGAAGUUUUUCUACAAAAUUUCAACAUCAGUCAUUUCAAUAGAUUUCGUGCGCUUACUCUUUCUCAAGUUACCAAUGUCGAAAUAGCUCAAUUAUUACCAAAUGUAACCGCUAAUUCUGUAAUUUCAUUGACAGUUAAUAUACUUGGAUUAGAAAACAAUGAAAUCUUUUCAGUUAUUUUUCAAUUUAUCAUUCAAGCCAAUCUUCAAAAAUUAGACUUAAGCGCUUCGACUUAUAGCCGUAGAGCAAUUGAAAUACCAUGGCCAAAUCAAAAUACAUUAGAGCAACUAACAAUUGGAAGUUGUAGUUACGAUGCAUAUCGUAUUAUUCUCCAUAAUUCACAUCGUUUAAGAAAAAUGGUAAUCGAAAACUUUAUUAUAGACAAUGUUAAUCUAAUAAUUACUUCAUUUGUGAAAGCAGUACCCAACUCUGCAAAGAAGCAAUGCAUUGAUAUUGACUCCGAAGGUACAGUGAGUUAA